AUGGCAGCGAGGCACAUCAGCAGUGCUGGCGAAGCCGAGUCGAAGUCGAGCGAGGUCAUCAGCAAGGCCAGCGAAAGACAAAAGAAAGAGACGAGCGAAGAAGCCGGUGCCGAAAGCUGGCAUCCGCAGACUGGGAGCCGCGAGGGCGCAAGCAACGAGCCAAAGCCCGGGUCCAACUUGGAGACCGAAGCGGAGAAACGACAUCUGACGGACAUGCCAGAAGCGAGUUCCAACCGCGGCCACCGAAGAAGAGACACCGAACUCUGA